AUGGGCGAGACUUUGACACAAUACAAGCACCAUCUGUGGCUGUCAGCCGAGCCCGAGCAGGAUGUCGUCCCAGCGACCACCACCACCACCGGCCCCCUCCCUCGCGUGUCCGAGCACUACGACAGCGAAGUCAUCAUCAGGAGCCCGACGAACAUCACCCUCGACGUCACCGUCCGGGUUGGCGGGAAAGCCCCCGGGCCGGCCUUCACCGUCACCCUGUCGGCGUGCAAGUGCAGCCUGCUCAGCGACCUGCGGGCUCACAUCGUGGUCAGGGGCUCGCGAGACGCGAGACUGCAAGAGACCACAACGUUGCCGCCCUGCGGAGACGGCGGUGACAGCAGUCUCCUGCGUCGCAUCCGGGACCUGCGCAGGGUGACUUUCCGGCUGGAGGAGGACGGGCACGUCGCCAGGUUGAACAUCACCCCGACGAGGAUCGACGCGUCCUGCGUGUUUCCCGAGACCGAGUACGAGGCGUGGUAUUACCGGAACAUUCUGAGGGGCAACCAGAGGGUGUACGCGGUCGAGGUCAAUAUCGAAGCUUGA